AACAAACAACAAAAAAAGGGUUUUUUCAUUUACUUAUUUAUUGCUAUUUUUUAUUUUUAUUUAUGAGCAAUAAAAAACUUAUUUUCAGAAACUAGAGAUCAACAAUGAAUUUGGGAGUUUUGUAUGGUUUUGUUUUUGCUUUGUGGCACAAAGCUGUCCGUCAACAGAACCCAAGGCUGCUGCAAUCUGAGUUUUACCUGCGUCACCUGCUGCCUUCACCUGUCAUUAACAGGUGCCUCGGAACCCGUGCUUAUCUAGUUUAAACAAAGUCUGGACUGAUUGGGGGUUUAAUAUAAAAGCAGCUCUGCAAAUCCUCCGCACUGAACCAGCGAGAACUUCUCUGCAGAUCACCACUGAAUCAGCGAGAACAUGAAGGGCUGUCUGUUUGUGGUUCUCUUGUGCUGCCUGGCAGGCUGGUGCUUAUCGUCCUUCCCCCUGGACUGUGAGGAUGUCUACACUGCAGGGAAUCUCAACAGCGGCGUCUACAAAAUUUACCCAGCGGGGGAGCCGUCCUUCCCACUUUACGUUUACUGCGAUAUGAAAACCGAUGGGGGAGUGUGGACGGUUUUCCAGAGGAGGCAGGACGGGUCUGUGAAUUUCUAUCGAGACUGGAACAAUUACAAACUGGGAUUCGGGAACGCGACUGGGGAAUACUGGCUGGGCCUGCAGAACAUCCACCUCCUGACCAUGAACCGAGACUACGAACUGAGGGUGGAUCUGGAGGACUUCGAGGGAAACAGAGCCUCCGCCUCAUACUCCUCCUUCGCCCUGUCUGCGUACGCCAUCAGCGGGGAGACGGACGGCUACACGCUGUCUGUCCACGGGUUCACAGACGGGGGAGCUGGGGAUUCCUUGAGCAGCCACAGCGGCCGCAAGUUCAGCACCUUUGAUCGGGACCAGGAUGGCGCAGGCUUUAACUGCGCCAUGGAGUUCCUCGGGGCGUUCUGGUACCACGACUGCCACAGUGCCCACCUCAACGGGGUCUACUACCAAGGGAGCAACAGCCCGUACGGCAAGGGGAUCCACUGGAUAACCUGGAGGGGGCUUAACUACUCCCUCAAGGGGGCGGAAAUGAAGAUGCGGGUGCUGCAGAGGAAGCCCUUCAAAGAGUAGCUUCCAUGGGCACCUGACCCACCCCUUGUAAAAGUUUACCACAGUAAAAGCACAGCAGCGAGUGAUAAAGCACAGUGAAAGGACAGCGAAGCAUUGGUGGGCAUUGUAAAGAAGCACAGAGGGGUAUAGUAAAGCAAUUAAAAAAAACAUGGCAAACCAUGGUAAGCUAGAGGAAAUGCAAAGUAUUACCAUAGGAGAAGCAUGGAGGAGGGGGUCGCUGCACCAUUGCUUUGCAAGAUUACUAUGGUAAACUUUUAUAAGGGCUAGACUGAGACAGACAUGUAC